AUGGCAAAAGUAAAAGUGAUGCUUGCCGAUUGGGCAAAUGAGGAAUGUAUACAGUAUCCAGAUGUCUUGCCCAUCAAUUGCACUUCUCUUGCAAACAUGAAUGAUAUUUUUAGCAAGAAACGUAGUCGUUCUACAUCAUCUUUGCAGCAGCUUCAGAACUUGUAUUCUCAACAGACCCCUGGCAUGAAGAUGAUAUUGGCUAUAGCUGAUGAGCUGGAUUAUUUGAUUAACAGAUCUCGAGCUGUGCUUCAUGAUCUUUUCAUGCUAACAACACUGCCUUUCUCCAAGUGUAUUUUGCUAGGGGUUGCUAAUGCUAUUGACUUGGCAGGACAUAGAUGA